CACGGGAGUGAGUUUUCACAAUACAAAUUUCACUGGUUAAUAUUAUAGAACUGCUACAUUACAUGGAUAUGUAUACGGCAAGGCAUUCUGCGAUUGAGCACGUGACAGUUUGUGUCCGCUCGACAGCAGGGCUAGAUACCAGCUCGUGGAGAGCUGACUGAUCACCCGCGAGACAGCGUGCAGACAUGGGGACUCGCAUGUCCCGUAGCGGCAGCGCGCUUCUGUUGCUACCGGAGAACGGGGUCACGGGCCGGGAGAGCGGGGACAAGGAAAAUGACGACGACUCUCUAGACGGGCUGGACCGGCAAGAGGACAUCGCACAGUUCCCUUAUGUGGAAUUUACCGGCAGAGACAGCAUCACCUGCCCGACGUGCCAGGGCACCGGGCGCAUCCCGUCAGAGCAAGUGAACGAGCUGGUGGCGCUGAUCCCGUACAGCGACCAGAGACUGCAGCCCCAGAGAACGAAGUUGUACGUGGUGCUGUCAGCGGUGCUGUGCCUGCUAGCCUCCUUCCUGGUGGCAUUCUUCCUCUUCCCUCGCUCCGUCCUGGUGGAGGAUGAUGGGAUACGAUCCGUUAUCGUCAGGUUUGACCCUCCUAACAUGAAGGUCAUGAUGAACAUGACGAGCUCGCUGAACUUCAGUAACCCCAACUUCUUCACCGUGCUGGUGGACAGUGUGAGCUGCCAGGUGCUCUACAUGAAGACUGUCAUCGGAACUCAGCAGACAGACAACAUCCUGAGCAUCCAGCCACUCAGCCAGAGACAGGUGAACUUCACUGUCAGUGUGGAGAUCAGUGGCAGUGCCUCGUACGUCUAUGCGUUUUGUACCAUGGCCAGCAUCAAGGUUCACAACAUAGUGGUGUUCAUGCAGACCACUGUGAAGACCUCUUACAUGGUGAGGACAUCCCAGAACACUCUGGAAGCGUACCGCUACAUCGACUGUGGCUCCAACACCACCAUACAUCAGCUUUGACACACACCACCACACACCAGGCUGCCUGGGAUGGCUCGGACGCAGACACACACACCAAAGACUACACUCAAACACUACACACACUCUGCAUCUGACUGUAACCGAGGGCAACCCAUUGCUUGACGAUUCAGUAGACAGGAACAGUGUUCUGCUGUUGAUCCUGAGCCCUGCUGCCCGCGAGGCUAACUCAGGUACAGAUGGGCUGUUGCUGCUUGAUCUGCACCUUAAUACUUAUAGUUGAAACAUUUAAAUGUGUUAUUUAUACAGCGUGAGGGGGGCUGUGGGGCCUCUUGACUCUCCUCAGGAGCACCUAGUAUUGAAGCUGUCAGAGGGAGUACACACAACUACUGGUGGGGUGAGGGAGCUAGGAGGUGAGAGAGGCAGGGGUUGAGGGAGGCAGGGGGUAAGGGAGCUAGGAGGUGAGGGAGGCAGUGGAUGAAGGGGCUAGGUGCUAAGGGAGCUAGGUGGUAAGGGAGCUAGGAGGUGAGGGAGGCAGGAUGCUAUGAGUCAAGGGGUUUGUGUCUGAACAGCUUCCAGUUCUGCUGCUUGUUUUGCCGCUUAAUUCCUCCAGCCUCUCUCCUGCAUGGCCACGGUUAGGCUGACUUGAACUUAAACAGUUGUUGUUGCAAGUUUUGAGAAUUGAAGUGAUUUCAUUGGCCUUUGUUGAGUGAGGCAGGUAUGUUACUGCCUGGAUCUGGUCAGACAGGUCCUUCAUGUUUAGGACUGCUUAAAGAAGCAGUGACACUGGUCUGAGGUCAGAUCCUACAGAGGUCAGGAGGGCGUGUUCUUCACAGGAAGAGGAAAGUGUUAAUUCAAAGUGAUGAUUUUCAAAAUCUUCUUUUAAAAAGGGCUUUGAUUUGUAUUUGAUAUUGUUAGACUGCAUCUUGCUUUUUUGAAUAAGAUUUUGGAAAGAAAAUUGUGCUUGACUAUAAAAUAAGGGACUUGUUAAUUAAUAAACAUAUUUAAUACUUAUAACCAAUUGUUGUUUUCAUGUUGAUGAGGAUAAUUUAAAUAAAACAGCCAUUUGAUAUUUGGUACCACAA